ACAAAAUAUAAUUUGACAAAUGGUGAAACAAGGGAGGUGGUGACGAAUUUAUCGAAUUUUUAUUUAUUGUGCGGUGUUUCUAAUCUAAAUAACAGGUGUUUUGGGAAAAUACCACCAUUCUACGUAUCUUAAAAGUGUAAACCUAUAGAAAAAACAAUAUUCCUCUAAAUGCCGUGACGAAAACGAUCCCAAGAUGAGUAAGAUGUCGAAAAAUAAGUUAAAUUUGACCCUACCACCAGGGUCAAUAGACACAGCCCCGGCUGUAACACCUUCAAAUAUGACUCCCCAAUUAAAAUCUGCAACCGCUGUCGAGAGGCAGGGUCUUGCUGGGAAGUCUAAGACCAGUAUCGAAGCUCUCACUGAGCGGCUGGAGCAGAUAGAGAUGGAUGACACCCAGCGGAGGAGGAUAGAAGUGUUUCUCUGUCAGAAAGAGAAGAUAGGAGAGCUCAGUGAUGAUGACUUUGAGAAACUGGGAGAAUUAGGUCAAGGUAACGGCGGCGUGGUGAUGAAGGUGCGGCACAAGUCCACAAGCCUCAUCAUGGCACGCAAGCUCAUCCAUCUGGAGGUCAAGCCCGCCAUCAAGAAACAGAUCAUUAGGGAGCUGAAGGUACUGCAUGAAUGCAACUUCGCGCACAUAGUGGGCUUCUACGGAGCCUUCUAUAGUGACGGAGAGAUUUCCAUCUGCAUGGAGUACAUGGACGGAGGCUCGCUGGAUCUCAUCCUGAAGAAAGCGGGAAGGAUUCCUGAAAAUAUCUUAGGCACUAUAACAUCGGCGGUGCUGAAAGGCCUGAGCUACCUGCGGGACAAGCACGCCAUCAUGCACCGCGACGUGAAGCCGAGCAAUAUCCUCGUGAACAGCAACGGGGAGAUCAAGAUCUGCGACUUCGGCGUCUCCGGACAGCUGAUCGACUCUAUGGCCAACUCGUUUGUGGGCACCAGGAGUUAUAUGUCUCCGGAGCGGCUCCAAGGCACGCACUACUCGGUGCAGUCGGACAUCUGGUCGCUGGGGCUGUCGCUGGUGGAGAUGGCGGUCGGCAUGUACCCCAUCCCGCCGCCCGACGCCGCCAUGCUCGCCGCCAUCUUCGGCGAGCGCCGCGACCACCGCGAGCCCGCGCAGGCGCCCAACUCCCCGCGUCCGAUGGCGAUAUUCGAGCUGCUGGACUACAUCGUGAACGAGCCGCCGCCGCGCCUGCCCGCGGGCCUGUUCUCCGACCAGUUCAAGGACUUCGUGGACCGCUGCCUCAAGAAGAACCCCGACGAGCGCGCCGACCUCAAGACCCUGAUGAACCACGAGUGGAUCCACCAAGCGGACGCGGCGCGCGCCGACAUCGCGGGCUGGGUGUGCAAGACCAUGGACCUGAUGCCCUCCACGCCCAACUCCAAUGUGUCUCCUUUUUCUUCAUAAGCUGCAAGAAGUGCAUACUUUCAACAGCGAAAAAGGGUCAAAACAUUUCCCAAGAAAAAGCGGGUGAAACGAUCAGUGAGGACGCGGCCGAAGAGUAGCGGCUCGUCCCCAGCAGUAUGUCAACUCUAGAUACCAUUGUCCAUCACACACACACAUACACCAUCCAGCCACACGGAUAUGCAACCUCAUUGCCUGGUAACGCGCGGGAAAAAAGUUACGCUUCUGACACUGACAGCUGUGAUUGUCUAUGGUUGUGUUUUGUCUUUGGUCGGCCCAAAUUCAAAACAUGAUAGUGACAUUGCACUGAUUGUGACUGUAACUUUUAUCCUGUGCUAUUCUUUGAAAUUCGAAAGAUCAACAUUGGUAGUGGAUCUUUCCAUAAAUUAAAUGACACUGCACGACACACGUGAUACGUCUUCGACGAUUUAUAAAAGAACA